UGGGUGCGCAUUUUAUUCAUCACACACUCCUUUCCUCUCUGGCUGAGUUGGAGUAAUAAAAAUGAAAGGAACCUAAUUUAGGGGUGUAAAAAAUUGAAAGCGGAGUUACCUCCGCCUAUGUGUUUGGCCAAUUUAUUUUCUCAAGUUCAUAAAAAAGCAAAAGUAUUGAAAUCAUCGGAGCAGUCAACAAUAUCAUCAUGUAUAAGUUCAUCAGUUCUUCCUCAAAAUCCAAAUUGAUACCCCUUUUAUCUUAUUCAACUCUCUUUAAAUCAGCAUGUUCAUCCAAUUGGGUCUCAAGUUCAAGAAAUGAAAUUUCUAAAUUUUUUCAUAAGCCAAAGUUAAUUGAAUCUUGGAAUGGAAAUGGAAGUUGGGUUUUAGGGGGUCAAAGUGGAGUUAGGAGUUAUAGUAAUGAAUCAGAUAGAGAAUCUAUUAACUAUGAUGUGGUGAUUGUUGGAGCUGGACCAGCUGGGCUAUCAGCUGCUAUUAAGCUCAAACAGUUGUGCCAACAAAAGGAUGUUGACUUAUCAGUGUGCGUUGUAGAGAAAGGAGCUGAAGUGGGUGCUCAUAUCUUGUCAGGAAACGUAUUUGAGCCACGGGCACUCGAUGAACUCGUUCCCCAUUGGAAAGAGGAAGAGGCUCCCGUUGAUGUCCCUGUUACUUCUGAUAAUUUAUGGCUGCUUACGGAAACUCGCGCCUUUUCACUUCCAAGCCCAUUUGACAAUAAUGGAAACUAUGUCAUAAGUUUGAGUCAGUUGGUACGUUGGUUGGGGCAGAAAGCUGAAGAGCUAGGAGUUGAAAUAUACCCAGGUUUUGCUGCUAGUGAGAUUUUAUGCAAUGAACACAACGAGGUUACUGGUAUUGCUACUAAUGAUAUGGGAGUGGCUAAAGAUGGUUCCAGAAAAGAGAACUACCAACGUGGUGUUGCACUGAAGGGGCAUGUUACUCUCCUUGCAGAAGGAUGUAGAGGAUCUUUAUCAGAGAAAUUAAUCAAGAAGUACAAUUUGAGAGAAAAAGGGCAGGGGCAACAUCAAACCUAUGCUUUAGGAAUUAAAGAGGUCUGGGAGAUUGAUGCAGACAAACAUCAGCCUGGUUAUGUGCUUCACACGCUUGGUUGGCCUCUGGACCAGAAGAACUAUGGAGGUUCCUUCUUGUAUCAUAUGAAGGACAGACAAGUCGCUGUCGGCCUUGUGGUUGCUCUAAAUUAUCAGAACCCUUUCUUGAAUCCGUACGAGGAAUAUCAGAGGUUUAAACAUCAUCCUGCUAUUAGGCCACUUCUUGAGGGUGGAACUAUUCUCCAAUAUGGUGCUCGGUCUUUAAAUGAAGGAGGUUUUCAGUCUAUUCCAUAUCCAGUUUUCCCUGGAGGAGCAAUUAUAGGAUGCUCAGCUGGCUUCUUAAAUGUACCGAAGAUUAAGGGCACUCAUACAGCUAUGAAAUCAGGAAUGCUAGCAGCAGAAUCUGCAUUCAGCAUGCUCCAAGAAGGCUUGACGAUGGGAAGCUAUUGGGACAAUUUACGAAGUUCAUGGAUAUGGGAAGAACUAUAUACUGCAAGGAACUAUCGUCCUGCAUUUGAAUAUGGGCUCUAUCCUGGUUUGGCUUUAAGUGCUGUAGAGCAUUACAUACUCAAGGGAAGAUCUCCAGUCACUCUUAAUCAUGGGAAACCUGAUCAUGAAGCAACGAGGGAAGCACAAUUAUUCUCACCAAUUGAGUACCCAAAGCCAGAUGGUGUUGUAUCUUUUGAUGUACCGACCUCUCUGUACAGGAGCAACACAAAUCAUGAUCAUGACCAACCAUCUCAUCUUCAUCUGAGAGAUCCUACUGUUCCAGAAAAUGUCAACUUGCCCAAGUAUGCUGGACCUGAGGCACGAUAUUGUCCAGCACGAGUUUAUGAGUACAUACCGGAUGAGACCGGUGACUUAAAGUUACAGAUCAAUGCUCAAAACUGCUUGCACUGCAAGGCCUGCAGUAUUAAAGAUCCGAAACAGAACAUCGAAUGGACAGUCCCAGAAGGUGGAGGGGGGCCUGGUUACACAAUCAUGUAGAUGACCUUCAGCCCUCAUGAACUGCUAAAACUGGAUUCUUCCCAACCCUGUGAAUAGAAAGGCUUAAAAAUGAAGCUCUUAGAGCUCAUACUUGUCUUGGAUCCUAAACAUUGCUUGAUUGUAAAUAGAUUCAAGAAUGAGGAUAUUCAUCCGGGAUAGUUUCAAAUAUAUGCAAUAAAGUAAUUAAAUUAUAACAAA